AUGGCAAGUCGUUUAGCUAUGUUCGCGGUCUUGCUGGGUUUGGCUGUUUGGGGAGCUUGGCUAAACUACGUUGCAACUGCUCGCGUUGAAGGUGAGACCGGUAAACAGAUUUAGCUAUUUUUCAUUUGCAGGCGUUCUUGGCCAGCAUCAGUUAUAUAACCUUUUCAUUUGCGUCUUUAGCUGCGAAGAUUAUAUACACAAAAGACCUUAAAGGGUCGCAACUCUAGGAAACUCGAAAUUGAAAGAUUUUGUCCGGAGCGCCGACGACUGAAUCGCCACCUGAACCGUGAGCCUGAGUUACAUACAACUUAAGUAUGUUACGAACGCGAAUUUUUCAGUCAGGCUUAGGUUAAGUUGGGUAAAAUCUGUAGAUAUUUAACUAACACUCAACGGAGAUUUUGCCAUCACGAGAGAAACUUUAAAAUUAUCGUGUUCAAAAUAUGAAAUAAAAAACUAGUACAAAAUUUCCAAAACAAGCAAAACUUUUUGUUUUCUUUUUUCUAAAAAAAAAUCUUUACUAGAAAAGCAACCCUGCAUUAAAUUUUAAUAAACAAUUGGAGGUGAAAUAUCAUUCUUGAAUUAUGUUACAAGCCAACUUUCUUUAAAAUGUAUAACAGAUACUGAAUAAAAUUUAAGUCGUCUUUAAACGGGAAGCUCGUAAAGGUCACACCCUUGUAGUGUUUUCCCGGUCACCGAGAUUUGAAGAGAAAGCUCGGUUACCGUUAGAAUGCUGGCGGAAAAGGUUUGAAGCCCGAGGUACUCCCGUUAAUAAUGACCUAUACGGGGAGACUCAGCCCGAAGGGGGCUCCCAAUUUGUAGCGUAGGGAUUUCACUAAUAGUUGAAGUAUAUGAAAAGGGAGGGAGAUCUGUCACUUCGGUCUGUAAAAAGGCCCAAAAUAGCUAACAGGUGCAUUUUCUGUUCUGGUUUAGUAAUUUAUUCAUAGCGGAGUUCUCGCGUGCGCGAAGCGAAGUUCCAUGGGUAAGAAAAUUUCGUUAUCUAUACAUUCAAGAAAUUUUGCUUCUGAGAAAAUCAUCCUUACGAUCGGCCGUAGGAAACUCAACCCUCUCAUGUAAGCUGCGGUGAAAUUUUGCAUUUCAAGCACCUGCCGCGCGUUUCGUCAUGGCCACCCGGAUCCUUAGAAAGAAUAAAAGAACAACAACAACAAAGCCGAUUCUUUCUUUCGACUAAAUUUCAGUGUCUACAUUAAUGUGGAUAACAGAGAAAAAGCUAGACAGAGAUAAAAAUCAAAGGAAACCAAUCUUGUUAGGAGUGAGAAAACUGACAUGAAAAUUUUAUACCGGCAGUGAGAAAAUGAGAAAUGCUAGCGGCCACCAAGGUGAAAAUGAUUAUAAGCGACAGUGAAAAAAAGUGAACAGGAACACAUACGACAUUUGCUCCAUAAAACGCGUUACUAUGAAGUUUCUGGAAGUUUCACGUUGUAGUCGUGCAAAACAACGACAAAGAAAUGUACAAAAAAAGAAUUUGUGCUGCACCCAGCAAUUUUUUUUUUUGUAAUUAGACCUACUGAUUUUAUUUUGGCUGUUUUCGCUGCCGUCUCCGCUUAGCAUUACACGAUUUUAUAUUUUGUUUGAGUAAACUAUAAAAAUUAACGAGAGCUACGCUUUUAGCCCUGGCUAAACUCCGCUAUAUAUUAAAGGCAGCACAUUUACAGCAGUCAAAAGAGAGACAAAAUGAAUGUUCUAAACUAGGUUUGUGAAAGGGGUACAAUUUUGUCAAUAGAAGGUAUAUAAAACGGGUACCCUUUCUGGCAAAAAUGGUAUUUAAAAGGGUAAGGGGUUGGAUAUCGGAAGGAGCCGUCCCAUAUAAAAUUUUGUUGAGUACCCCCGGGCUCUGAACAGUUUUGAAUAAGAAAAUGCAUCUCCAGGUUUAAUACAAAAAUGGAAUUGGAUUAUACAUGAGCGCGAGUAAAAUUUUUGCACUGGCUCGUUGAAAGGUCAAGUAAUACGGGCAACAUUUUCGUUCAACCUGUCGCACAACAUUGUUGCAUUGCAAGUUGAAAAGCGUUGUUUCUCUUAUUUCCACCUUCGCUCCCAACUUGUCACGCAGCAAAUUUCAAUGUUGCAAGUUGCGGCAACAUAUUGUCGCGCAAAGUAGGCCUGAGUUCUACUUUUUGCAACAAAAUUUCAAUUUUAUGAUUUGCGUCACAACUUGCUAUGCUUCACAACACUUGUGAUUGUUCAGUUUUCCAGCACCAAAAGUGCCGGAAAGAUGGUGAGUAAGUGCGCGCUUGACCUCGGGCAAAUUUUGGGCAGGAAGUAAAUGACGCGUUAGGACGAGCGCAAUUUGCGGUCUUUGAAAAUUUCACAGGUCCUCUGCAUUUCUUGCAAAUUACAUGAGAAAAAUCAUGUGAUUACUAAUUAAUAUACAUACCGUUAUUGAAAUGCAAUAAAGUCAAUCAAAUCCUCUCUCAAAUUGUAUCAAUUUCUGUUUCAGGAACCUGCGGACAAAACAGCCGACGCAUCACAUUUCUGACACCAGUUAGUGGGUUUUACCUUGAAGGACACGUGUUUUCAAAUCAUUCUGUGGAACUAAACCUAGACUGCCAAGACCAAUGCGCCCUUGCGAGGGAAUGUGUUUCAUAUAAUAUUGGUCCAAAGAUCAACAACAAGAUGGCUUGUGAACUCAGCAAUUCCGAUCACUUUCAGCACCCAGAAGAUCUCAAACCAAGAAAGGACUGGAUUUACAGAGGGACAACGGUAUGAUCUGUAAAUUUGUAUAAAUGUAUAUAACUUUAUUUCUUGUAAUAAUUGCAACUCUAUUAAAGCGUGUCACGAGUCAAUAGAAAGAUUGUUGUUGUUGUUGUUGUUGCAAAUAAUGUUGUCAAGUCAAGAUGAAUUUUUGAACCAUUUCCACCAUCACGUAGUGGUUGAUUUAUGAUAAUUCCAAGCUUUACUGAUGAUAAAGAUGAUAAAAAUGUCGGUGUUGGCGGUAUAUGCAGUUUCGUAUAAUUUAUUUAAAAUUCUAAAUCUCCCUUGCGGAUUAGCUGCAAUCCGCCCUUUGAAUUUUCAUAAUUACACUUUAAUUUAAAAACUUGGAUGAUUUAUAUCCAUUUUUCCGCGAUGCAUAAUUAUGUGUUUGUAUUAUUGGAUGCUCGACGACGGUCGCCUAACUUACAAAAAAAAAAAGAAUAACAUACUGUCGCAAAUUAAAAAGAGAACAGUUUUGGGAGUAAAGAAAAGAGUUCAAAACUUAAGGCACUAAAAAAAGGUACAGUUGAACUUCCAUUAAGUGCCCAUUAUUAUUAUUAUUAUUAUUAUUGACUUUCGGUUUUUGUUUUCGAGCCUUUUUGGACUGCCGGUCGCGCGGGAUAUUUUUUCGUUCCAAAAGCAGUGUUUUUUUCCUUUCGUUUACGUUUGAAUUAAAAUUAUUGCAAAAUUCCAGCGAAAGAAUAACGGAAAGGUUUAAAUAGGAACAGGAUUAAUCGUAGUUCAUCAUAACCAAGGAGAAGCUGAUUUAAAUAACAAUUCAUUGAAGCUGCGUUUCUUUUAACAGAAUCUUUGCGCCAGUCAGCCCUGUCUGAACAACGGAACGUGCUACAUGGGAUAUACCGAGAAGAACUACGUUUGCGCUUGCACAGCUCGCUUCAAAGGUGAAAACUGCGAAAUAAAAGGUACUCUCAUCCCAUAGUUGUCACCUCUAUUAAGCGGCCAUCAGGCACUUGACCGACUAUUUUUUGUAAGUUUGGCUUUAUUUCAAGAAUAUGAAGAAGGAAAACCGUCCGAGAUAGAAGUUGACGACCGAUUGUGGACCAGUAAUGCUGGCCCCGUCGCGUUUUUUUUCUUUUUUUUUUUAAUAAGGUAACAUUUCUGCAAAAGAUUAUGCUAAUUUAUGACGAGGUUAUAUGACUAACUUCUAAGUCACACGUCUUUCAUAUUGCAUUAAAGUGAUAAGGAUUCGAAAGGCUGUCGCUUCAUUCGUGUUUUCCAGUCUACAGCAAUUGUGCUGAGCUCUAUGAAGCCGGUUUGCGAACCAGUGGUGUCUACACUAUCGACCCUGAUAGUACUGGAGCCUUUGAUGUUUAUUGUGACCAAACAACUGCCGGUGGGGGAUGGACUGUGUUCCAAAAGAGACUGGACGGCUCGGUUGAUUUCUAUCUCGGCUGGCACGACUACAAACGAGGCUUUGGAAAUCUGAAUGGUGAAUUUUGGCUCGGACUAGAAAAGAUUCACCGACUGACAAAAGAACAAAGCAGGCUUCGGGUAGACCUGGAAGACUUCGAAAACCAAACAGCUUACGCUGAAUACGACUCCUUCGGUGUGGGUGAUGAAAAGAGCAAGUACAAGCUGGGACGUCUUGGACAAUACGCUGGUAAGCAUAAUACUACACAGGAGCCUAUAAUGGACUCCUGUACUACAUUAAUGAUGAAAACCAUAAAAAGGGGUAACGUUUAGGUUACUAUUUGAGAGGUGCCAGUUAUUCAAAAUUUAAAAACUUAGAAAUUUAGAAAACUGGCAACUGUCGUCCGGUAUUCCUGUACCCGAUCUUUAACUCAGACGUUUCUUGGUUUCACCGAUCUACUAUGUUUCAGCGAUUGCAUUGUUUUAACGCGAUUCUUAGUGUUGCAAGAAUAGUUUGUUCAUAGUAGCUUGCUAUAAGCGCGCGUGAUUAUUCCAACUCGAUCACAGGCCCGGGAUCUAGGAUCCUUAGACGUGGGAUCGGGAUCAGUAGUGCUGUGAGGUGAUCAGGGACAGUUUUCCGACAAAAAAAUGCUUUAAUGGCAAGGACCUGCCCUCGUUUGCAAACUCAGUUGUAUUAUUGGUGUAACAAUUUGUUCCGGUACUUAAGUGUACACAAUACGACUUUAUUUUGAUAGUGGCGUUGACUCAUUUUGUUUUGACUCAUUUUUUUGUAACUAUACCUUACAUUCAAUGAAAUACCGAAUUGGCCUGGGUUUUUUGACUGCCAAAUAAGGACUUAAUAAGAAAAUUCAUACAAUGGACAUUACCUUUUGCCAAUGAUUUCUCUCUGCGCCCCGAACAAUGAUUUUAUACAUGCCCUUUCGACAAUGAAAGACGAGGUUUUUCAGUGGACAAACCCCUGUUAUCACAGCAAUUCUUAUUGCUCUUGGUACAUACUGUAACUUGUAUUUUUCUGCUGACCAUGCUCAAGAGACAAUACAUGGUCUCUUGCAAGCCUUUAGCAGCUCCCGAUCCCAAGCCUCUGAUCAACGCAAAUAUCAAGUGGCAAGUGUCGGGAGAAGACGGCAAAUAAUGAAGCCUGUUCUUAUUAUGUUAGGGAGAAAGUGUGCGAAACAUCUUAACCAGACUUACAAAGGCUACAAGGCGAAGGAGUAGUCUAUCCUGGCUCUGUAAAAUAAUGUACUUUCUAACUUAGCUCGUUGUUCGGCAGGCCAGUGGCCUUUAUCAUUGCCCAAAGAGAACUCAGUCUGAUCUCGUUUUGCCACUUAAAACUUAAUCAAAAUUCUCAAAAAGUCGUGCCUUUUGCAGGUACCUUUUUUGAAUAGCUCUCCCAGCUUACUCCAACCUCAGUGAGCUGGUAAACUGCUUACAAUUAUGUCAUGGGGUAACUCAACCGAAUAUAAUCGAAAUCUACAUCAGUAAGAGGAUUAAGUGAGUUGGUGAGGUAUACAACUAGAGGUCAUGUGGCUGAAAAGAGUUCACUUGGUCAACUGGUGCUACCAAGGCGACGACUGAGAAAAAGCUAGCUAGUGCAAACCCCAUUUAUUCUGAAUCAAUCAGCCAAUCUUACUGACAUUUCUUUUUGUGUGAAUAAAACUUUGCUAAAUGGGAUUGAUCUCUUUUUAAAACGGCAAAAAACAAAAAGUGUUUGGUUUGUUACGGAAACGUGACGGAUAUAAGAAACUUCCCGUUUCCGUCGAGUUUACAAAAUACGGAAACACGUCAUUUCGUCUUGUGAAACGCUCUAUAAUGUGAGCCGUCUAAAGUGUAACUAUUAUGAUAGAAUUAAUGAUAACUAAUGGAACUGGAGUAAGUAUCCGGAGCAAAUGUGUGGACUAGAAAGUAUCACCCGUUUACGUUUAUUUACAAGGAAAAAGUAUGCCAAGUCACAGUUCAGAUAAAAUAACUAAAGAUUAAAGAGUGUGAUAAGUAGACUGUAACAUAGUUGAGGUUAAAUGCCCUAUUUGUAACGGUAAAAAUGCCCGUUUAACUUAUUUGGAGUGCCGCUGCUCUCUCACUUUCCCGCCGAAACGUCUAAAGAAAGGUUAGUUAGGACCAUUAAUAAAAAUUUAUGGUAAGAAAUGAGAUUUGUGUUUAUAAUUUUAGGAACUGCUGGUGACUCUCUUACAUGGCAUCAUAAUAUGUCAUUCUCAGAA